AAGCUGCACAGAGGAACCCUGUCUUGAAAAUACAAAAAAAACAAAACAAAACAAAAAUAUUCAAAUAGGUAGUCUUAUACAGUGUUGUUUCCUGGGCCACUCAUCCUUACAGACUUGUCAGUUCCCUUUCCCACCCUCUUUGUGGUUGUCCUCCAGACCCCUGUGUAGGAGCACCCCAUAGUGGACAGCCAGAGUGAGGAAGUGGUUGGGACCGCUCUGGAGAGGGGGAAUCUUUCGAGUUUUCAAGGUUUAAUGGGAGGAGGGGCAGGCAGGAAGACUGGAACAGUCACAAGCUGCAAGGAAUUGGGGUAGCAUGGGAGGUGAGUUGAAAGAGGCCCCGGGGUGGGGGGGCCACAGAGCAGAAGGGAAGCCUGGGAAGGAGGGCGGUGGGGCUGCAGAGGCCCUGGUAGUGUGGACACUUCUAGUUAUUACCUUUUGUGGCUGCCCUCUUGUGUCCUUAUCUGGGAAGACAGGGCAGCGCCUGCUUCUUGAGCUGAGGUCUAUGGACUACAGGCAUGUCCGUGUAACUGUGACUGGGGCUUGUCAAGGGGUGAUUUAGAUGGCAGACUUCCGCUAAAGAUGAGUGUGAGCAUUCACAUGAUUUGAUUCUGAGGACAAAAGAACGUAAAGGGCCAGAAGGGCCUUUGGGGUGGAGACAGGAUAGUCCAAUGGGUACUGGGUGUGGCUGCUCUCCUUUCAGGAGGAAGUAGGUGUGACUGGCUUACCGGGGAAAAGCCCUGCCUACCCCUCCCAGCAGCAAGUGUCCAUACACAGCUCACAGCUGGCUCUGCCAUUGAGCCUGCCAUGUCAUCGUGGGACAAGGACCACCUGGGCUCUAAGUACAUGGGCCUCUGGGACUUCAAGGCACGAACAGAUGAGGAGCUGAGCUUUCAGGCAGGAGACCUCCUGCAUGUUACCAGGAAGGAGGAACAAUGGUGGUGGGCCACCUUGCUGGAUGCGGCAGGCAAGGCCUUGGCUGAGGGCUAUGUGCCCCACAAUUACCUGGCUAAGAAGGAAACUGUGGAGUCUGAGCCGUGGUUCUUUGGUGAUAUCUCCCGCCUAGAGGCCACGCACAGGUUGCAGGCUGAGGACAACUCAAAGGGUGCCUUCCUGGUCAGAGUCAGCCACAAGGCAGGAGCAGACUAUGUUCUCUCUGUGCGGGACACUCAGGCCGUGCGACAUUACAGGAUCUGGGCAGACGAUGUGGGCCGGCUGCAUCUGAACGAGGCGGUGUCCUUCCCCAGCCUGACUGAGCUUGUGGACUACCACAAGAUCCAGAGCCUGUCCCAUGGCCUGCAACUGACUAUGCCCUGCUGGAAGCACAAAACUGAGCCCUUGCCCCACUGGGAUGACUGGGAGAGGCCAAGGGAGGAGUUCACACUCUGUAAGAAGCUGGGGGCCGGCUACUUUGGGGAGGUCUUCGAAGGGCUCUGGAAAGGCCAGGUCCGUGUGGCUGUGAAGGUGAUCUCUAGAGAUAACCUCCUGCACCAGCACACCUUCCAGUCUGAGAUCCAGGCCAUGAAGAGGCUGCGGCACAAGCGCAUCCUGGCACUGUAUGCUGUGGCAUCUGCAGGGGACCCCGUCUACAUCAUCACGGAGCUCAUGCCCAAGGGGAGCCUGCUGCAGCUAUUAAGGGACUCUGAUGAGAAAGUCCUGCCUAUUUCGGAGCUGGUGGACUUUGCAUCACAGGUUGCUGAGGGCAUGUGCUACCUGGAAUCUCAGAAUUACAUCCACCGUGACCUGGCUGCUAGAAAUGUUCUCGUUGCAGAGAACAAUCUCUGCAAAGUGGGGGACUUUGGGCUGGCCAGGCUUGUCAAGGAGGACAUCUACCUUUCCCACGACCACAACAUCCCCUACAAAUGGACAGCACCUGAGGCACUCUCCCGAGGGCAUUACUCCAUCAAAUCUGACGUCUGGUCUUUUGGGGUUCUCCUCCAUGAAAUUUUCAGCAGGGGGCAGAUGCCCUACCCAGGCAUGUCCAAUCAUGAGGCCUUCCUGAGGGUGGAUGCCGGCUACCGCAUGCCAUGCCCCCUGGAAUGCCCACCCAACAUAUACAAGCUGAUGCUCGGCUGUUGGAGCCAGGAUCCCAAGCAGAGACCUUGCUUCAAAGAACUGUGUGAGAAACUCUCAGGCAUCACCAGGUAUGAGAACCUGGUUUGAGCUCCUUGGACGUGGCCAGGACCCACAGAAGAGAGGCUUCAUGAUUAUUCUGGACCUCCAUUGAAGGUGUGCACCAUACUUCAGCCUACUGAGAUGAGGCGGAUAGGAAACAUGCCAAACAUACCUCAGCUACUGCAUGCUGUCAAGCAAAGAGUGAAGAGGGUGCCAGACUACCUUCCCAUCUAUCCUCUUCCAGGAGGCAGUCCACAAAAUCCAGGCAGCCAUCCUGUCUUCUUCCUCCCUUCUCCUGUGGAGACUUCAUGUGACAGAGAAGCCAAGAGUCUAAGCAACAGGCCUGUAGAAUUCUUAACAGCAUAUCACUUUCAGAGCAUACCUGUCCUUGGUCACAUCUCUGCUCAACUGCACACACACACACACACACACACACACACACACACACACACACACACACAUUGGCACCUUAAUUCUACAGGCUCUUAUGCUACAGAACAAGUUUUAGAGCUUCAGGUCCUUUCCCUUCAGAGACAGCUGUUUCUGUCCUGAGCUCCCGAGACAGAACACUCUAGAAAACUACUGACCUCAUGCUCUGCCUCACCCUCCAAUACAGUUCUCAGAGAUAUAACUGUCACUAGAUAGGGAGAACACAGAAAAACAUUUGGAAACAGGGCAAACUAAAACUCUUAGAACUAAGUCUUUUGCAUAGACAUUAGUCCAUCCUCCUUCCUGUUGGGACCUGAAUCUUCCCAGAUGGCUCUGGUCCAAGGCUGUUUUCCUCAUGUGUCUCCAGGAUUCUGAACCCAUGUUUGACUCCCUGAAGUCCAGCCAGACUAUCUGCUCUCUAUGUCAGCUCCUUAUAUACUUUAUAUACCUUAUAUACAUUAGGGCCCCAGUUCUGAUGGGGUCAGAGUACCCCCAAAAGUAUCUACCAGAGGCUGCCUUACUGGAAGUGGGCAUAACCCUCUCAGCACAUAUCUACCACCAGUUUUCAGACUGACCUCUCAACCUCUCAAGACAGGUGAACAUGCCCCAACCUCCCUUGAGGAAAUGUCCUCUCUGUGUCCAAGAGAUGACACUUUCUGUACUGCUUCCUGUAAAGUCAAGCUAUCUUUUAAAAAUAUAGUUCUCAGGCAUAUAACUGUCACUAGAUAGGGAGAAUACAGAAAAACAUUUGGAAACAGGGCAAAUUAAAACUCUUAGAACUAAGUCUUUUGCAUAGACAUUAGUCAAAAAUUUUUCUAUGUAACUGAACCUUUCAUUUUUGCCAAGAACAGGAUUUGGGCCAGGCUUGGUGGCACAUACCUUUAAUCCUAGCACUUCAAAGACAGAGGCAGGCAGAUCUCUGAGUUAGAGGCCAGCCUGGUCUACAUAAUGAGUUCCA